CUUAUAGAUUAACAGCCUGAGGAAGGGACGAGGGAGAUGGGGAGUGGAAUCAGCGCUGAAGACAAGGAACUGGCCAAGAGGUCCAAGGAGCUGGAAAAGAAGCUGCAGGAGGAUGCUGACAAGGAAGCCAAGACCGUGAAGCUGCUGCUGCUGGGUGCUGGUGAGUCUGGAAAGAGCACCAUCGUCAAACAGAUGAAGAUCAUUCACCAGGACGGCUACUCACCGGAAGAGUGCCUGGAGUUCAAGACUAUCAUCUACGGGAAUGUGUUGCAGUCCAUCCUGGCCAUCAUCCGGGCCAUGUCCACGCUGGGCAUCGACUAUGCUGAACCAAGCUGUGCGGAUCAUGGACGACAGCUCAACAACCUGGCCGACUCCAUCGAGGAGGGGACCAUGCCUCCCGAGCUGGUGGAGGUCAUCAGGAAGCUGUGGAAGGAUGGCGGGGUGCAAGCCUGCUUCGACCGGGCUGCGGAGUACCAGCUCAAUGACUCGGCGGCUUACUACCUGAACCAACUGGACCGGAUUACAGAUCCUAACUAUCUUCCUAAUGAGCAAGACGUGCUACGCUCUAGAGUCAAAACCACAGGCAUCAUUGAGACCAAGUUCUCUGUCAAAGACUUGAAUUUCAGGAUGUUUGAUGUGGGCGGGCAGAGAUCAGAGAGAAAGAAGUGGAUCCACUGCUUUGAGGGGGUCACCUGCAUUAUUUUCUGCGCAGCCCUCAGUGCCUACGAUAUGGUGCUGGUGGAAGAUGACGAAGUGAAUCGUAUGCAUGAGUCUUUGCAUCUGUUCAACAGCAUAUGCAACCACAAGUUCUUCGCCGCUACUUCCAUUGUGCUCUUUCUCAACAAAAAGGACCUCUUUGAGGAAAAAAUCAAGAAAGUUCAUCUCAGUAUUUGUUUUCCAGAGUAUGAUGGAAACAACUCCUAUGAGGAUGCGGGGAAUUAUAUCAAGAGCCAGUUCCUUGACCUCAAUAUGAGAAAAGAUGUCAAAGAAAUCUACAGUCACAUGACCUGCGCUACAGACACACAGAACGUCAAAUUUGUGUUCGAUGCAGUUACAGACAUCAUCAUCAAAGAAAACCUCAAGGACUGUGGGCUCUUCUAACCCCCACCACUCCUCAGGUAUACACUCUGCAAACAGCCUUGGA